GGAGGAACAGCUGCAGCAGCCGCGGCCAGGCCGGGACCGAGCAGGGAGGAUGGCCGGGGGGCUUCUCCCGGGGCUGCUUUUCAUCUUGCACGCCGCGGCUCGCCUGGCCGCCGAGCAAGAAGUUGAAAACCUCUCCGGGCUCUCCCCUAACCCCGAGAAGGACAUCUUCGUGGUGCGGGAAAAUCGGACGACGUGUCUCAUGGCCGAAUUCGCCGCCAAGUUCAUCGUGCCCUACGACGUGUGGGCCAGCAAUUAUGUGGACCUGAUCACGGAGCAAGCCGAUAUCCCGCUGUCACGGGGCGCCGAGAUGAAGGGCAAGUGCGGCACGAACGAGUCAGAGCUGGAGCUCUCCUGGCUGGACCAAGCGUACACCCUCAAACUCUCCUUCCUGAAGGAGGGGCACAACACGUCCCGAGGACCGGAGGCGUCCUGGAGGCUCAGCCGGAUCCAGUUCACCUACGACAGCUCCGAGCGCACCUACUUCAAGGAUGCCGUCAGCCCCGGGAAGUACACGGCCAGCUCGCACCGCCUCUCGGCCCUGGUGACCCCUGCAGGGCGCUCCUACGAGUGCCAGGCACAGCAGACCAUCUCCCUCGUCUCCAGCGACCACCAGAAGAACGUGCAGCUCCUGCUGUCCGAAGUGCGGCUCCAGCCCUUCGACAUCCCUGCGGAUUUUGUCUUCAGUGAAGAACACAAGUGCCCGGUGGACCAGAGGGAGCAGCUGGAAGAAACCCUGCCCCUGAUCCUGGGGCUGAUCCUGGGGCUGGUUAUCGUCAUCACCCUCGGCAUUUACCACAUCCACCACAAGCUGACAGCCAGCCAGGUGCAGAUCCCUCGGGACAGAUCUCAGUACAAACACAUGGGAUAGGGAGCAGCACUGAGCAAUCCGAGCAUUUAUCAGGUAGAAAAAGCAAAAGCACUUUUUUCUGUGGAUGAGGAAAGGGUCUGGGGGGGGCAAGGGAUGGUAUUCACAGCACCUAAUCCUGAGUAUUUCCAGGAGACACUCAGGCUAAGGCUUGGCUUUAACACAGACUCUGUAAGAGAUUCAGUGUCUGUAGGUGGUUUGAAUACCUUCUUUAAGCAGCUGGGCUGAUCAUCUGGAAACAGAAAUGCUUCACAUGUCAGAGUUUCACACUGGGAGCACAAUUAGCUUUCUUGUUUUAUUUGUCUUUAUCCCUUUUUCCCAUCUCAAGAGAUUCUUACCUUCCCCUGCAUCCCUUUGGGGGAUUCAGCCCUCUGUGUUCCUUGCCCAUGCAGGAAGCAGGGCUGGGAGACAGAGCCAUUGCACAGGGUUCAUUCAGGCCCUCUAAUGAAGGGACUCAAACCACAUCCCUAAAUUUGCACUUAUGUUUAAGAAAAGCAUGGAGGUAAAUGGAGGUAUGCUUUGGGGGAAAAAAAAUUAAAAAUCCAAGGUCAGUAACUCCAGUGGAGCAUAUCACAGCUGUGGAGCUGACCCCACACUUGAAACUGAGUGAGGAAAGUUUGUUUUUGCUUCUUGAGCCACAUCUGAACUAAACUUAGAAAAAAAAAAAAAGGAAAAAUAAAAAAAAAAAAAGAAAAAAAGUAUUGAUACACAAAUUAUAAAGUGCCGUGCUACUGCAAGUCAACUGAGAAAUGCUUCUGGCUGGGCAUCCUGCACGUAUUGUGAUUGUGGUUGAGAUGUUACAUUGCUACCUGCAACUGAUAAUUUUCACACCAAAAAAAAAGAUAAAAAGAAAAAAGUAAUGUUAAAGUUACUAUGCAGAUUAUUCAGGUAUAAUCUAAUGUAACAGAAAAAAAAUAAGGGAAC